AUGAAAAACAUUCAAUCAUCAUAAGAAAAGACUGCUAGAAUUUAGAAUACUUCAAAUAUUUCUCCUAACUAGAUUCAAUCAGAAAGAUAGAAUUUUGAUGUCGAUAUGAAUGAAUUCAAUAUGCUAAAUGCACAUCACUAAGAAAGUAUAAACAGUUCGGCAGGCAUGACAGUACUAAGAUAAGUACAAGACAACAUCAAGUUACAAAAUAGUAAAAAUAAUCAAUAACCGAAUGGCAGCAUAUUGAUCAAAGAUAAUCGAUAUACAGAUGCAAUCAGAUCUUAAGAAGUAUAAUUGAAGGAAGAAGAUUCUAGCAAAACAAGAGUUGUAGCAAGUGGAGGAGGUGAAGGUUUUUUCUUAACAGGAGUAAAUGUUAAUGGACAAGUUAUUGAAGGGUAGCAUGAAGAUGAUAAUGUAAAUCCACUUUUACAAGAAAGCUAGCUUUAAGUAGAAGCUAAAUUAGAUUUCGAUGAGGAUGGUUUAAUAGAUAACUAUGAAGUCAUCAGUAUAAUUGACUCAUCUAGAGCACUUUCAAAUGAUAAUUGUGUAAUAAUCAAUGAAAAGCAGUAGAGUCUUACUCAUCUAACCUGUAAUAGUUAAGUCACUCUUCGGGUUGAUGCACUAGUUUCACAAUAUAGUCAAGUUGAAAAAAUAGCAAAAAGAUAUGCCAAGAUCUUUGUUGACUAAUAAAAAACUGAUAAGCUCAUUCUAAAUAUUUCAGAUUAGCACGACACCAGUAACAUAGGAGGAUUUAACAUCUCAAAUUUUAAGAUGCGUUAUCUUAAUGAAUUUAUUAAUGACAUAAUCUCAGAUUAUGAGUAGUCAUUCUUAGGAUGUUUCUCAAAAUAGUUGAUUUAGCAUAUGCAAUCGCUUAAUUUUUUCAAAAGUUUAGAUCUUUAUAUGUCGAUCACAAAAUUCGAAGGUGACUCUGGUUUUUCAUUAGUAUAAGGCGAUGAUCAAGAAGAACUUUAGGAUGAUGUUGUUGAUGAUUAUCAGGAGUUUCAAGUUCCCUUGCCUAAUAUUAGAUAAUCUAGACCAAGAGAUGGUGAAAUGAGUAAAAAAUAAAGUGCUAAGAAAAAAAAUACUGAUAAAAAACGAAUAUCAAGUGAAAAGUAUUUGAUUAUGUCAUCAAGCCCUAAAAAUAAAAGAGAUAGCUCUUAAGAAUAUAUUGAUGAUGGAAGGGUUAAAAAACAACUAUUCUCACAAGAUAAAAAGACUAAGCUAAUAUAGAAUCAACCAAAAAAGACUCAGGGAUCACUUCCAGAGUAUAAACAAAUUUCAGACAUGUCUGAGAUCUAUUCUGCAUUCACCCAAGCCAAUUUACGAUACAGAGUUUUAAAGAGAAAACUCUAAGACAAGUCCAGUCUUGAUGCAUCCUAGAUUAAGUAUUAAUAGGAUGAAAUUAAAGAUGAGAUUAUUCUCAUUUAAUUUAAACUCAUAAAUAAGGAAACAGAAAAAUAAUUGAAUUCUUUUAAUAUACUGAAUGUACCGCUAUCUAAAAUGGGUGAUAUAAAUCUACAAAAUCUUCAUGAUAUUCUAAUAAAGCUAAAGUCAGGAGGGAAUAAAGCCAAGGAAUAUAUCCCUUAUAAUAAAUCUAUUAUGUCGAGAAUUCUUGCCCCUAUUUUAAAUAAAGAAAAUAUUGUAUACCUUUCUCAUUAUAGUAAGAGAGGUAUUAUAAGUCAUUUAAACUCACCUAAUCACACAGGCCUAGCAAAUGGAUUGUUCCUAUUUCUAGAUAAAAUUUUUAUGGAAAGAAGAUUUAAAAAGAAGAAACUAAAUCAUUAAGAGGCAUUAAAGAUAUUACAAAAGAAGUUUUCUAAAGAAGUAAAAGAGAUUUACAGUAUAAUUGGACAUUUUAGAGAUGGUGUAAACUCUUUUGAAACUUACACUAAUUAAUCAGCUUAGACAAUGCAAACAGUAAAUAAAGCCGCUACAAAAACUCAAAGCUUUACUCUAUUUCAUUAAAUUCUUCAUUUUCUGGCUUUAAAAGAAGAUAUAGACAUGAACGGAGGUCCUCUUGCAAAUAGCAAUUUUUUAUCUGAGGAAGAAAUAUAAAAAGUCAUUUUUGAUAAAUAAUAUCUAAAAUUUUUGAGGAAAAAGAUUAGGGCAGAAUUAGCUGGAAUGCCUUAAAUACAGGCUUAACAAUCAACAGUUAAGCUGACUAAAUUAUAAUAAGUACAGUAUGAGUGUAUAAAAAGUGAGCUUAAAGAAGACUAUGAGAAGAAAGUAACUUCACUUAAGAAUAGACUUGACAAAAAAGCAAUGAGAGAUCCAAGUUUAUUACUUUUUUCUUAAUUAACUUAGGAGGAGCCCAAAAAAACAAGUACAACGCCCUUAGCUGGUAAUGGAUUUAAUAAGAGCUUCACUUCUGGUGGUAGAAAUGCUUCAAAUUAGUACAAUAGACCAAGAUUUCAGUAAAAUGCUAAUAAUAAUAAGAAGUAUUAAUAUUAGUUAGAAAAUGUAAAUGAUAAAGACAAAUUUUACGAGUUUUAUUUGAAAAGUGCCUAAAAGGCUAUAGAUAUCAUGAGGCAAUAAUAAAUCCUAUCAUCUGAUGAUAAAAUUGAUUCUUAGAAUCAGACUUUCACCGAUGGAGUGAAUGUUCAGAACUUGCCAGUCUACCAUCCGUCUAAGGCGUAAAAUCAAAGCGAAUACUAAUCUUAAUCAUCUUCAGUAAUCGAGCAGUCAAAGCUAAAUUACAAUUAGAAUAAUAAUAGUAAUAGUCAUUAUAUCUAAAAUUUGGGAACAGGAUUAAGGAUAAAUAAUCCAUUGAGAGCUUAAAGCAGUAAAAAGGAGGAGAGAAGAUAACCCAGAAGUAUAAGAAACAUAGAUAGUGCUCUGGAAAUAGAAAAUAACAAUCACAAUACGGCUAAAUAGCAAAAACUUCAGCCAUUGUUUGUGAGAGAACACAUAUAUCAUGAUAAUAGUAAUGUUUUAGAAAGAAUUGAAGAAAGAAUUAAAAAUAGUAAAUUAAGCGAAACUUAAUAUACUUAAAAUGCUUACAGUAAUUUAGAUAGGAAAACUUCAGCUAGCUCUCAAAGCAGAGCAGCAUUAUCAUCAUAAAAUAGAAAAUUCAGAAAAGUUCUUUCUAAUAAUCAGGCAAUCCAAAUGAAAUAAAAGUCUGGAACUGAUGUAUCCAGUGCCAUUUCAUAAAUUCCAAAGGCAUAAACAGAACUGACAAAAGUUAAAGAAUUUUUGCCUCUUAGAGCCUAAGGCAAACUUAAAGCAUUUAAUAUUUAUAAUGAAGGAGCAGAUUCUGGUUAUUAAGACAAUCCCAGUGAUAUGACUCAAUUCAGAGAAAAUCCAAAGUAUCUUAAAAACCAAUCUAACCUUUACAAUUUAUCUAGUUUAUUAUAUGAGCAGCGAGACAUGAAAAGGAAGCCAUAGACGGCAUAAAGACAAAAAAGAAUUCCUCAAAAUUAAAAUAAUUAUGCUAGCAACGAUUUAAAUAGAUAGCGUACUAAUUCAAUGAGUAAACCCACUUUAAUAAAGAGAGAGUCCUCUAAUAUGACAGAUAUUGAAAAGGAAUAAGAUCCCUAUUCUUAAAAUCAAAAAUAAUAGCUAUCCGACGAUAAACCGCUCUUUGGAUAACUUUAUUAGAAUGCUUCAUGA